CCACGUCCAAUUAGAGAUCUCGAACACUGGAAAGCAACUGAAUACAGACAGUUUAUUUUAUAUACUGGCCCCACAGUUUUGAAGAAAAUCCUUGCUCCUCAAUUUUACCAGCAUUUUUUGUGUUUCCACGUAGCCAUCACGAUUCUUGCAAAUCCUAACACUUAUCUGAGUAAAAAUAAUUAUGCACAAGAGCUACUAAUAUAUUUCGUUAAUAACUUUGGUGAAUUAUAUGGGAAAAAGUAUAACAGUCAUAAUCUUCAUAAUUUACUACAUUUAUCCCGGGAUUGCAUUCGACACGGUCCCCUUGACCAAUUUAGUGCUUUCCCGUUUGAAAAUAAGUUACAACAAAUAAAGAGAUUGGUGAGAUCUCCAUCUCUCCCCUUGCAACAAGUUUACCGGCGGUUAGUUGAAAGAGAAAAAAUAGACCUGUCCUCUUUCAAGCAGCCAGUUUGUCAAGUAUCGUUUUUCCAAGUCGACAUUAAUUCACCCGAGUGUUUCAAAGUGUGUAAGUUUGCAAAUUUCGAAUUAUCCAACAAAUUAGGGAACAAUUUUUGCAAACUAAAAGAUGGAACUAUAAUUAAAAUUCACCAUUUUGUUAGAGGAUCACCUUCAGAAUUAUUUGGACAGAAGUUUAAAAAACGUGAAGAUUUUUUUCAAUCUCCUUGUCCUUCUUCUUUAAUUGGUGUUCAACUUAUCUCCGACUUGAGUGCAGUACGAAGAUUUAAUAUUAAUUUAAUCGAAUCAAAAUGUGUAGUACUUCCAUUUGAGACUGAAUUUAUAUGCUAUCCCUUGAUUCACAGUGAAAUUCAGUGACUUUUUACAAUGCCGUACUCUAUAGUUCAUUUUGUUGAAACUGACGAGGUAGAAAUUAUCCCAAUCAAUUGGCUGUCAGCAAGUAAAAAUAAAUGUUGGUGGCCGCCGUACAAAUCUUCAGAACGCCAAUCGAAGGCCGUCAUGAAUGGGGACACGCCAAAUCAGCAAGUUUGGUUAUCGUUUGACGUAAAAGUUUUAGGCGGAGGCAAAAUAUUUGGUUCUUAUAAUCAAGCAAAAAAUAAUGUUGGAAAAGCAUUGGAAGAAACUGAUCCGGAAUUUGAGAGCGACUUGGAAGUAACUGGUCGAGGGCAACGACACAAGAAAACUGUUCAUCUACCACCGCCCGGCGACUCCGAUAGUGAAGAAGAACCGCCCAAAAUGAAGCAAAAUCGUUCUAUUCCCACGAAGACAAUACCGCCACCACCACAAUAUUUUAGUUUAGUGGGAGAGGGCUUGCAAUCAGAAAAGGAAGACGGCCACGAAUCAAGUUUACCAGGACCGAGUGACCCCCCAUCGCCAACUAAUUCACAGCAAUACCAAGGCACACUCUCUAGCGAGCAAGUUUUAUCUAGCUCUCACGAAUUGGAAAGCCGUUCGAUUCCUCAGGCAGAGGACAUUGAUACAACUUUCGGCAGAGAUAAUGGCACGUCACCAAACGCAGGAAAUUUAGGUAGGUGUGUGACAAUUUAUGUAAUGUCUCAGUAA